UAUUGUCCAAUCAACGGUUUCCAAAGAUUUAAACUAGAAGCGGAUCCUGAAGCUCCAUGAUCUUUUCUCGUAAUGAAACAAAGUAGCCUCGCCACAGUUCCGCGUAUAAGAUUAGCGAUUUUAAGUCAUUUUUUCUCCCUGCAUGUGGACUAAAGCGGCAAUUUAGAUCAAGUCACAUUCUUCAAAUGCUGUGACGUGUAAUGGUUUUUAACGAACUGGAUCUGAUAGCAGAGAUCGACGCCUUAGUUAGAAAUUAACGGUUUGUUUUUUAAAUCCGCGAGGUUUAUUUAUUGUGGAUCUAAUCAUUUGUUUCAUCGAGUUUGGAUAAAAUCGCCCGGUUAUCACAAACAUGAAGCCGGUAAAGAAAUCGUUAUUUCUGAGGACUUAUGGCAAACAGAUGCGGAAGGUUUCCGCUUGGAUCUCCCCUGAAGAUCGCAAACGAGCCUUCGAAAGCACCGAUUCUGACGAUUCUGUUUUUGAGUCCGCAAAACCCAGAAGAACGAGAGGAAAGCGAAGUUGGACCUGCAGUCAAAACAUCCGUCCAGCCAAGAAAAAGGCCAUGCAGCAGAUGAAGGAGAAGAGCUAUGAUCAGGACAGUUUGAUCAAUGAGAACUUCAUCCUUUCACAUCCUAACCAAGAGAACUCCAAAACAAGAGGCAGAAAAGCCAGUGUUUGCAGCAGAAACAGUAGCACAAGUCAUCCUGUGGAGAGGAAGGCCAGUCUGCGUUCAGCAGAAACGAGCAGCAAAGAGGAAACCUUCUCAUGUACCCUAAACAAAAACAAAAUGGUUCUAGGGAAAAGCCGGCUUGUGUCCGCCCCAGUUUUAACAAAGCAGAAGCGCCAUAAAAUUACGUUUACGGGUGACAGUGAGGAGGAAAACGCUGCACCAAAAUUCAAGAAAAAAUCGGUUAAAUCAUCUACAGACUCCAAUGUUGAUCUUCCAUCUGCCGGUCGCUUUGUAACCCGCCGCAGAUGUGCACGUCUGACCAGGCUCGCCAAACCCACAGCCAGUGCCCACAGCUCAUCAGAUGACUUUACUUCUGACCGGGUUUUCCGGGCCACCAGGAGAAGAAAAGCCCCUUUGGCAUUUGGACUUUGCAGUUCGGAGAGCUCCGUGAAUGAUGUUGGGAUGUCAAACUGUGCGACCAAUCCCCUUCAGGAGAUUUCACUCAACGUGUCGGUGGAGCGCACUCUUGGACCGCGUCUAAGAAAACCCAUCUUCUGCUCCACGCCGUCUGCAGGUUUCUCCAGAAAACAAGGACCGCUGGAAGCCUUUCCCGCCUGUGAUCAGGACAGCUCUCCUCCAUCCGUGUCGGUCAGCUACAUCGGAGCUUCCCACGAAGACCUUUUCUCUUCUCAUCAGCCCGUCCUUCCAGCGCAGCCCGAGUCCGCCUGUGGAUUGAACUCUGAGGACAGGAGCCAGCGAGAUCUGUAUCACAUUGAAGAGCAGUCGGUGGAGCUGUUUGUGGAGCCCAAGGAAAGCAGUGAAGCCAAAAGUGUAGGCGGAGCAUCGUCGGUGGUGAACCUGAUCUCUGUGGAGGGUGACGGCAGCAGUAGUUUUGUGUCUGCAGCAGGAGGUUUGGAAUGGCUGGUGGAAGCUCUGAAGGAAGAAUGCUUGAGCCGCCGCUGGACAGUUCAGCUGGACAGGUUAGGUUUGGUCCUUGUGUCUCAACUUGGCGACACAACGUACUCGUCCUGUUUGGAGCGCUCAGGCUCCGUCAGCAGCCUCCAGGCGGCUUCACAGCUGGUGGAAAACGGCAAAACUUUACACUGGACGUCUUCGGCGUCUGAUCUUCAUCAGGCACCAUCUGUUGACCAAAAUAAGUCAUCCAACCGCUUGAUUGCAGGAGCAACCAAGGAGCAGCUGGAGUCAGGUGUUGACUCAACCCACAUAUCUGACUUUAUCCAUGAUGUGAUCGUGAGUCCACAUGUUCCAGCAGGAACCUGUGUGACACCGUUUAGGUCAGAAGAGGAAAAAGCAGCACAGGAGGAGAGUUUGGAAAAACUGCAACUGAAAGACAUGCAACCCGAGGAUGCAGCUUCUGCGAUGGUGCCAAGUCUAGAUACCGAUGUUGAACUCACAAGAGAAUGUACUGUAGCUCUCUUCUGUGUAGAAACCACCAAGAAUGCACCAGCAGAGACGCCCGACCCUGAAAAAUCUGUCUCACCACUGAAGAAAAGAUGCAGGAGCAACAGAGCUGUCGUGCAAGUGAAGAGGAUAGGUCUGUCCGAACUCAAAGAAACCCUGCAGAUCAAAGACGGUACGCGGGAGUCUUUGGAUAAAUCAGACGGCAAUCGGGAUGCAAAGACUGCCCUUCCGUCUGAUGGCGACAAAAAAAUCUCCAGCGUUAGACGCAGGAAGGCGUCCUCUGGUGAGAGAGGGGCCCCAAAGCAUAGAAAAAAGCCUGCUGGAGACAAGAAAAUGAAGAGCUCUGCGGUGGACACGUCUAACACCACCAGGAAGGCGUGUGUCAGCGGAAUGAGUGUUAGUCGCUGGAAAAACAAGGGCGGGAAUUUCAGAAGCCGGGCGGAGCAAACGGGAAGCUCCAAGAUUGUGGACUGUAGCAUCAGUGAGCUGAUCUCUGCACGAUGGAAGCAGCCUCAGGAGUUGCUGACCAAUCCAGAGAAUGUUUUCACCCCGCUGAAGACAAAUCCGCUGCUGGCUAAUUUAACCCCCAGCACACACACCUGGAGCCGCAUCAAAGCCGGCCUGUCCAUCCAUCGCAAAGCAAUGGUUCAACUCACCCCCAAGAGUCUCCACAUGUCGGAGACUCCAAGAAGGACUGCUCUGGCGAACGUGAGUCAGGAUCUCUUUGCCACUCCUCUACGUACGCCCCUCCCCAAACACCUGCGCUCCCAGCUGCUGAGCCAAUACUCCCUGGUUGUGAGCGAAGGGGAAGAGCUGUCGGACGCAGAGAAGGUGUACGCCGAGUGUGGCCAGCAGCGCCCGCUGCCCUGGGAAGAGUGCAUUCUCCCUCAUCGCAGCAAAGGGUGUGUGAAGAUCGGGGAGGGGACCUUUGGGGAGGUCUUCUCCACCACCAACGCUGCUGGAGAGACAGUGGCACUCAAAAUAAUUCCAAUAGAGGGCAGCGAGAAGGUGAAUGGAGAGGACCAGAAGACCUUUGGGGAGAUUCUCCAUGAGAUUAUAAUAUCCAAGGAGCUCAGCAGCUUGAAAGAGAAGCAGCACAACCAGACUCAUGGUUUUAUUGGACUCAAUGAUCUCCACUGCGUUCAGGGAUCCUACCCAUCAGAUUUCUUGAAGGCCUGGGAUGCUUAUGACCGGCGGAAAGUUUCUGAAAACGACAGGCCAGACUUCUUUACAAAACAGCAGCUGUUCAUCAUCCUGGAGUUUGAGUUUGGAGGUGUGGACUUGGAGAACAGCAACGGAACGCUGGCGUCUUUGGGGGUGGCAAAGAGCAUUCUUCAUCAGGUCACGGCUGCAUUGGCGGUUGCUGAGCAGGAGCUACACUUCGAACACAGGGACCUCCACUGGGGUAACGUUCUGGUCAAAUCAACCAGGCAGAGAAAGGGGAGCUUCCUCCUUAAUGGAGCGACCCACCACAUGGAAACCAGAGGCGUGCUGGUCCGCAUCAUCGACUAUUCUCUCUCAAGGCUGGAAAUCGACGAGCUGACAGUGUCCUGCGACAUCUCAAACGACGAGGAGCUCUUCAUGGGUCAGGGAGACUACCAGUUUGAAAUCUACAGACUGAUGAGACAAGAGAACGGGAACGAGUGGAGCAGCUACCACCCUCACAGCAAUGUGCUGUGGCUGCACUACCUGUGCUCCAAGCUGCUGUCCAUGAAGUACCGCAGUUCAGGAAGCAGGGAUGCCAAGGACACGCGAGAGGCGCUCAGCCGUUUCCAUGACAACAUCCUCCAGUACAGCUCGGCCACAGAGGCCCUGAGAAAUUGCGCCAUGUUUCAAUAACACAAGUGAAAAACUUCACACAGGAAGAGGCUAGUGGAGAGGGGGAUGGUCUCUGGCCCCUGAUGAAAAAAUGGAAAAAACAAUGUAAUUCGGACCACUUUUAAAAAGGAUUGUUCGAUUAAAAAGGCAAAUAAAAUUGAUAUAAUGGUCAAAAGUU